GCACAACAGGAGUUUCCUGGCAACAGGUGUGGCUGGUGUGAAAAUCCAAAGGUGACAGACAAUGGAGGUGGCCAAGGUCAUAAAGGACUUUCUUCAGAAGCGUGGAAUAAGGAGGGACGUUGAUGUUUGCCAACUCUGCCUUGCCACAAAAAAACUCAACAGUGUCCCUGACUUAUCAAGAUUUCAUUUUCUGAGGGAGUUGUGGUUGAAUAACAACAAGAUCAGAGAGCUCAGCUGUCGUUCCCUCAACUGCUGCUUGACUGAACUUUACCUCCACAAUAACAACAUCAAGUCUAUUUCUGGGGCCCUAAAUCAUCUGACCUGCCUCCGACUUCUUUUUCUUCACAACAACCAGAUCAGAGGGCUGGAGGACACGAUGCACGAGCUCAGGAGGAUGCAGCAGCUCCAAAUUGCAACUUUUUUCCUCAAUCCCAUCUCCCAUGAACCUGGGUAUCGCCACCAUGUGAUCCACCGCUUACCUUCUAUCCAGGUUUUAGAUGGAAAAGAGGUGAAGUCAGAGGAGAGGAAGAGGGCCUUCCAGAUGCACAGCCAGGAGCGUCAUCGUGUCCUCCAGUCUGUGGCCUUCUGCAGACGGGCAACGAAGUCCACAAGCAGAGAGGAUGUUUGUUAUUAUCUUGGCAAACAGUCCAGAUAUAAGUGAUGAGCUGGUCACGAACGAGCCGUAUCCUUUAAGUGAACGAUGGGAGCAGAAAUAUUUUUUGUUUCAUAUUAUAUCAUAGAAAUUAAACUGAAAUAUACUGUA